AUGGGGGCGCGGAGGAGGCUGCUGGCGGACGCGCCGCCGGCGCCGGGGCAUCACCACAGGCAGGGCGCGCCGGCGUCGGACUGGAGCACGGGGUACCUCAACGGGUGGCUGUCGCAGCCGACGCCCAUCUUCGGGCUCCGCCUCUGGGUGCUCAUCGGCAUCGCUGUCGGCGCCGCCAUCGUGCUCGUGCUCCUCCUCAUCCUCGUCUGCCUCUCCCGCCGCCGCCGCCGCCGCGGCGACCUGCUCGCCGCCAACCUCUACCCCGCCGCCGACACCAAGCUGCUCAAGCAGCACCUGCAUCAGCAGGCCACGCCCACGCCAACCAAGGACAUCCAGGAGAUCGUCCGCCGCCAGCAGGCGCAGAUGCCGUCUCCGCCGGCGGCGCCGCAGCCCGCGGUGCAGCUCGCCAAGGCCGUGGCGGAGCCGCAGACUCCGCCGCCGCCGCAACAGCAGCAGCAUAGGCCACCGGCGCGGAAGACGCCGGGCAGCGGCAUGUCGGCCACGACUAGCGGCGGGAGCGAGCGGGACGGGGCCACGCCUAGGAGCACAGGAAGCGCGGGGAUGCCAGAGGUUUCGCACCUCGGGUGGGGCCACUGGUUCACGCUCCGUGAGCUGGAGGAGGCCACCGACGGGCUCGCCGAGGAGAAUGUGAUCGGGGAGGGUGGCUACGGGAUCGUGUACAAGGGCACGUUGCACGACUCCACUUUGAUCGCCGUCAAGAAUCUGCUCAAUAAUAGGGGCCAGGCCGAGAAGGAGUUCAAGGUGGAGGUCGAAGCAAUUGGUCGAGUUCGUCACAAAAAUCUCGUUAGGUUGCUUGGCUACUGCGUAGAGGGUGCUUACAGGAUGCUUGUGUAUGAGUAUGUGGACAAUGGUAAUCUUGAUCAGUGGCUUCAUGGUGAUGUUGGGGAAGUAAGCCCACUAACAUGGGACAUCAGGAUGAACAUUAUGCUUGCAACUGCUAAAGGACUGGCCUAUCUUCACGAGGGGCUGGAACCGAAGGUUGUUCACCGUGACAUCAAAGCUAGCAAUAUUCUUCUUGACCAGCAGUGGAACGCUAAAGUAUCAGAUUUUGGGCUUGCAAAGCUAUUGUGCUCAGAGAAAAGCUAUGUUACAACCCGUGUUAUGGGAACCUUUGGUUAUGUGGCGCCUGAAUAUGCCAGCACUGGAAUGUUGAACGAGAGGAGUGAUGUAUAUAGCUUUGGUGUACUUAUAAUGGAGAUCAUCACUGGUAGAUCUCCUGUAGAUUAUACAAGAGCAGCUGGAGAGGUGAACUUGGUUGAGUGGCUCAAGGCCAUGGUCGCCGAGAGGAAAACAGAGGAAGUAGUGGACCCUAAGAUGGCUGAAAAGCCUUCUCCCAAAACACUGAAGCGGGCGCUUCUGGUUGCGCUUCGAUGCGUUGACCCUGAUGCGAACAAGAGGCCUAAAAUGGGGCAUGUAAUUCACAUGCUCGAAAUGGAUGAUCUUUGUUCCAAGAUGAUAAGAAGCCCGGGAGAGAUGCUCAUCCUCAGGGUUCAGACAGAUACAGCUCCAAGGAGGAAGGGAGCUUCAGCAAGCGUGAGCACCACCAUCGGUACAGAUGAUGGACCGGCAUAUGAGGUUGUAUGGAUUGCCAUUAGAGAGUAG